UUUCUAGGUUUUGUUAUCAGCUCCAAAGGAAUUCAUGUGGAUGAAGAAAAGGUAAGAGCAAUCAAUGAUUGGCCGCCACCUAAAAAUGUAAGUGAAGUAAGAAGUUUUUAUGGUUUAGCAAGCUUCUAUAGUAGGUUUGUGAAAGAUUUUAACACAAUUAUUGCACCUCUUAAUGAAAUAGUUAAAAAGAAUGUUGUUUUUAAAACGGGUUAGAAACAAGAGAAAACAGUUGUUGCACCAAAAGAAAAACUCACCAACGCAUCAAUUUUAGCAUUGCCAACUUUUGUCAAAUCUUUUGAAAUUGAGUGUGAUGCUUCUAAUGCUGGAAUUGGAGUUGUUUUGAUGCAAGAAGGACAUUCAAUUACUUAUUUUAGUGAGAAAUUAAAAGGGGAUGCCCUUAAAUACUUUACUUAUGAUAAGGAAUUGUAUGUCUUGUUUAGAGCAUUGCAUACUUGACAAUAUUAUCUUUUUUUCCAAAGAAUUUGUCAUUCAUAAUGACCAUGUAUCUUUGAAACAUUUAAAAGGGCAAGGUAAUUUGAACAAGAGGCGUUCUAAAUGGGUAAAAUUUCUGAACAAUUUUCAUAUGUGAUCAAGUAUAAAAAAGGAAAAGCAAAUGUAUUGGUAGAUGCGUCAUCUACAAAAUAUGCUUUGCUUUCUAUUCUUGAAACAAAUUUUUUUGGUUUGGAACACAUUAAGAAAUUGUAUGAGAAUUAUCGUGAACUUUUUCCAAAUUUUUAGCUUGUGAUCACGCUGCCAUUAAUAGAUAUUUUAGGUACUUGUUUAAAUAAAAAAACUAUGUGUGCCCAAAAGUUCCGUUAGAGAUUUACUUUUAACUGAGGCGCAUGAAGGAGGUUUAAUGGGUCAUUUUGGGGUUGUCAAAACCUUAGAUUUGGUGCAAGAAUACUUUUAUUAUCCUCGCAUGAAAAAUGAUGUUCAAAAUUUUUUUGAAAGGUGCAUUGUGUGUAAAAAAUCUAAAUUAAAGGUUUUGCCUCAUGACCUUUAUACACAUUUGCCUACCCCUGAUUUUUCUUUGAUUGACAUUUCAAUGAGAAUUUUGUUUUAGGUUUGCCAAAAAUAAAGGAUGAAAAAGAUUUUAUUUUUCUUGUUGUAGACAUGUUCCUCAAAAUGGCUCAUUUAAUACCAUGCAAAAAGGUAGAUGAUGCAAGUCAUGUUGUUGAUUUGUUCUUUAAAGAAGUAAUGCGCCUUCAUGGUCUACUAAGAAACAUCAUUUCCGAUCGUGACACUAAGUUCCUAAGCCAUUUUUGGAGAACUUUAUGGGGGUAAGAUGGACACCAAAUUAAUUUUCUCCACUACUUGUCAUCCACAAAUGAAUGGACAAACUGAGGUGGUAAAUUUAACUCCUUAUAUUCUUCUUAUAACUGUCCUUAAAAAGAAUUUGAAGACGUGUGAAGAAUGUAUACCACAUGUGGAGUUUGGCUUGCAAUAAAGUUAUCAAUAGUAAUACUUUAUAUUCACCCUUUAAGAUUGCUUAUGGCUUCAAUCUGUUAACCCCUCUUGAUUUAUUACUAUUGUCUAACACUUCUCUUUUAAAACAUAAAGAUGGAAAAGCUUACGCGAGUUUUGUUAAGAAAUUGCACGAACAACUAAAAUUGAAAAUUGAGAAGAAAAGUGAAAGUUAUGCUAAGCAUGCAAACAAAGGGAUGAAAAGAGUUGUUUUUAAACCCGGUGAUUGGGUUUGGGUACAUAUGAGCAAAGAAAGGUUUCUUACUCAAAGAAAAUCCAAACUUCAACCAAGGGGAGAUGGACCCGUCCAAGUGCUUGAAAGGAUCAAUGGUGAUGACAAUUUCAACUCGGGAUCAAAUUCUCUUCAAGAGGGAGGGGAUGACGAGGACAUAAUUGUUAAAGACACAGGUUAAAAAAUUCAAUGGCUAGGAAAACCAAUGAUUGGGGCACAUGCCAAGAAAGCUAAGGAUACAUUAAAUCAAAUGGUAGCAAUUAUGAUGGAAACAAGGUCUAAAUUAUAAAACUCGAGGCUUAAAAUAGUCAAUUGAAUAAGUCCCCCAAAGAAGAAGGGGUGAAUGUUAUGCUGCUUCUUUUACUUAAUGUUAUUCAUAUUUUGGGUUGUAAUAAUGUGUUUGGGUAAGACUUGGUUUUAUUUAGGCCCAACACUUAUAUUUGUGUGUUAUUUUAAAUUUUAAGUGUGUUGACAAGUUUUAGCCAAUUACAAGCUCUAAAGUCUAUAACUUGGCAUACGACUUGGAAAUGGUGUGUUUAUCCUUCAAAUAAAGGUUGAAACAUGAAAAGUGCAAAAAGAAUCAAAGGAAAUUCAAUGGAGAGAGAGGGAGGUGAAAAUCUUGAUCAU